AUGAUAACGAAAUUUUACCAACACAUCCUUUCCUUGGCAUUUGCUGUGGAUGAGAUCAACAAGAACCCCAUGCUCUUGCCCAAUGUUACACUUGGCUUCCACAUCUAUGACAGCUACUAUGAUGCAAUGGCAACUUAUCGCAGCACCUUAGAUCUCCUCUUCAAGUCACAUAAAUUCGUUCCCAAUUACAUAUGUGACACGCGGGAAAAUGUCAUAGCCGUCAUUGGUGGUCUUGGCUCUGAUAUUUCUUCCUUAAUGGCAGACAUUUUAGGUUUCUAUAAGAUUCCACAGCUCCAUCCUUUUCUUCAAGGCAAUUCCUUUAACAAUUCAGCUGGUGAAACUGUGUCCUUUAAUGAUAAGCAGGAAUCAGAGGGUGGAUUUGACAUCAUGAAUAUUAUAACAUUUCCAAAUCAGUCCUACCAGAAAGUGAAAGUUGGUAGGAUGGAUCCCAAUGCACCUGAAGGAAGAGAAUUAAUCAUUAAUGAAUAUAAAAUUGUGUGGUACGAAGAUUUAAACAAGACGCACCCCCUUUCUGUGUGCAAUGACCACUGCCAGCCUGGUAGUCAGAAGAAAAGGAGGGAAACAGAAAAGUUCUGCUGCUACGAUUGCAUUCCUUGUGCAGAAGGGAAGAUUUCAAACAAGAAAGAUGUGGCCGACUGCUUCCAGUGCCCAGAAGAUGAAUUUCCAAACAAGGACAAAAAUGAAUGCAUAACUAAAGUUAUAAGUUUUCUGUCUUUUGAUGAACCCUUAGGGAUCAUUUUGACCUCAGUUGCUCUCUUUUUUUGCCUGAUCACAGCCCUGGUGUUAGGAAUUUUUAUUAGGCACAAAGACACGCCCAUUGUCAAGGCCAAUAACCGGGACCUCACUUAUGUGCUCCUGGUCUCCCUCCUGCUCUGCUUCCACUCUUCUUUACUGUUCCUCGGCCAACCAGGAAAGGUAUCCUGCCUCCUCCGACAACCCACUUUUGGCACCAUCUUCUCGGUGGCUGUUUCAUGUGUGCUGGCAAAAACCAUCAUUGUAGUUCUAGCUUUCAUGGCCACCAAACCUGGGUCCAGCAUGAGGAAAUGGGUGGGCAAAGAACUAUCCAAUUUCAUUGUCCUUUGUUUUGCUCUUAUUCAAGCAUGUAUUUGUAUUGUGUGGUUAGCAACCUCUCCCCCAUUCCCUGAUUUCGAUCUUCACUCAGCAAGUGACAAAAUCAUUCUGCAAUGUAAUGAAGGGUCAGUCACCAUGUUUUACUGUGUCCUUGGUUACAUGGGCCUCUUGGCCAUUGCCAGCUUCACUGUGGCAUUCCUAGCCCGCAAGUUACCAGAUAGUUUUAAUGAAGCCAAGUUCAUUACAUUCAGCAUGUUGGCCUUUUGCAGUGUGUGGGUGUCCUUUGUUCCAACUUACCUGAGCACAAAAGGGAAAAACAUGGUGGCUGUGGAGAUCUUCUCUAUCUUGGCCUCCAGUGCUGGGUUGCUGGGUUGCAUCUUCUCCCCUAAAUGCUACAUUAUUAUGCUGAAGCCUGAAUUGAACACCAGGGAGCAAAUAGUAAGGAGAAAGAUGUAA